AUGGAUAACACACUAUUUGUAGAUGUUUUGGCCGGUGUUACCGGCGGAUUUGCAUCUGUAUUCGUGGGCCAACCGCUGGACACAGUGAAGGUGAAAAUGCAAUUGUUUCCUAAGAUGUACGGCAGCAUGUUUUCAUGUUUAUCAAGCACUGUCCGUCAACAAGGAUUCUUUGGUCUGUACGCCGGUAUACUACCAGCACUCGUCUCAAAUGGAGCCGAUGAGGCGGUCAUGUUUGGCACUUAUGGUCAGUGCCAGAAACUAGUGGCCAAAUCAGUCGGGACAGUGGAUACUACUGAUUUGAAUUACAUCGAAAAUGCAGCGGCGGGAGGUAUUGCGUCAUUUUUUUCGGCUUCAGUACUUUGCCCGACCGAAUUGAUAAAAAUACGUAUGCAAGGAAUAAACAAUGACGUUACGGCUAAUGUAAAAUUGCAAAAUCAAACAACAGAUCAAAUUUUUAAAAAAAUCUGGAAAUCUCAAGGUUUUAAAGGUCUUUACCGUGGGCUGGGAUGUACAAUAGUCCGAGAGUUUAUAGGGUGUUCAGUAUUCUUCGGUGCAUACGAACGAGCUCGCGAACUACUAAAACCAGACGGUAAACGAAAGGAAAACUGUGACGCUGUUGCUACAAUGAUGGCGGGAUCUUUAGCUGGGAUAUGCACGUCGUUGAUCAUUUACCCAAUAGAUGUAAUAAAAUCCCGUGUGCAGAUGGCAGUAAAAGAGAGCGAAUUUCUGAUGAUUCAAAAAGAAAUUCUAAGUAAAGGUUCACGAGGAUUGUAUUCUGGUUUAUUACCAACAAUGGUAAAAACCGUACCGGUCACUGGAAUUUUACUACUCACCGUGGAAUUUUCAAAAUCAUUUUACCGAAAAUUUUUUUCGGAAAUUCCGAAUUCACUAUCAAGUGUUUCCUAUGAAAAUUUUUUUUCCGUUUGUGAUUUUGUAUCCGGGUGGACAGCUGGUAUUGUUUCUACCUUAGUGGGACAUCCAAUAGACACAGUAAAAGUCAUACAACAAGUUACUAAUGAUAAUGUAGAAAAAACCGUUAGAGAUAUUUACAAUCAAGAUAAGUUCAAAGGAUACUUUAGAGGAAUGAUGUUUCCGAUCUUAAGUGUUGGUGUCGCAAAUUCAGCAUUUUUUGGAACUUAUGGUAACGUGAUGAGGUUAAUCCAAAUACAUCGCGACGACAGUAAAACAAAUAAAAAUAUUGAUGCCAGGUUUUGCUACGAUAAUGAAAAUUUACACAAAUAUUGGCAUUUGGAUGUAUUUAUUUCGGGUUGUAUUGCUGGUAUUUCUUAUGCAUUGAUAAACACACCAAUUGAAGUUAUCAAAACAUUAUUACAAGCAAGGAAUAUUUCAACUUUAAAGCAAGAAAAUGUGGAAAAUUUAAAAAAAAUUGAGCCAUUAAAAACGACCAGUGCAUAUAAAUUAAUGAUUGAACUUUAUAAUAUCAACGGUAUUCGUUCACUGUAUCGAGGUGGAACAUUAUUGUUUAUUAGAGAUAUUCCUAGUAUGGGAAUUUAUGUGUUAUCAUACGAACAUGUAUGUAGUAUGUUAAUGAAUAUAUCACAUUUUGAAACCAAAGUAGAGUCAAUGCCAAAACACGUGCAAAUUAUUUCUGGUGGUGUUGCAGGUGUACUAAGUUGGAUUUUAGUGUUGCCGUUUGACGUGAUCAAAUCAAAAAUCAUCACAGAUAACCUCGAGAAACCUUUAUACAAAAGUGCGUGGGACUGUACAAAAAAAACUUACAAUCAAGGUGGAAUUAUAAGUUUUUUACGAGGAUUUUGGUUACUCUGCUUACGGGCCUUUCCUGUUAAUGGGAUAGCAUUUGCAACGUACGAAACAAUUAUAAACAGUUGUAGAUUUGAAAAACCUGACCAAUUUAAGAAAAUUCCGGUUGAAUCUAAGUGGAUGUGA